ACUGCCUAUGAAAUUUUCAUUUAAUAGUAAUUUCUAAAAUAAAAUGUCUUUACAAUCAUGGAUAUCAGAUAAAACAAUGAAGCUUCUGAAGAUGUCAGAAGUAUCUGUAAUAGAUUAUAUUAUUAGUCAGGCAUCUAUUUCUCCAAGUCCAAAUUCUCUUUUUACAAAACUAUGUUAUCUUGGUUUUCCAGACAAUUCAGAAGUAAAGGAUUUUGCAGAUGAAUUAUUCAUACGUGUUCCGAAGAAAUCAAAGGCUAAAACAAAAGAUACAAGCAUUUCUAAUAAAGAGGCAAAUCUUUCUGCUUUAAAUGCAAAAAACGCAUCAUUUAAACUCAUUCUUGAAGAAGAAGAAGGGAAAGAAGAAGAAGAAGAAGAAUUAAAAAUUAAUGUUGCUCUUAAAAAAGAAAAAAGCACUAGUAAUCAUAAAAAAAAUAUCAAAAAGCAAAAAAAUGAAGAUAGAUGGAUAAGUGAUGAAGAAGAUCAAGAAGAAAGAAGGAGGAAAAAGAAAAAACAGGAAGAUAGUCGGAAUAUAGCUAAAGAUAUUGAAGAGUAUGAAGAUGAACUUCAGAAAGUAGAAGAUGAGAGAAUAAGAGAUCUCAAAGAAAGAGAUGAAUUUUCAGAAAGACUAAAAGCUAAGGAUAAAGAAAAUACGAGAAAAAUAGUUGAGGAUAGAUCCUCAAAAGCAUCAGCAGAUGCACUAGCACGUCGAAAAUUAGCGAAUGAUAUUGAAGCCAGAAAUGCUGCUUUGCCUCAAUUGAGAGAAAGAAGUAGGCAACAAUAUCUAAAUCUUCGGGAGAAACAACAAAUAGCUCUUCUUGAAAAAGAAGUAUCUGAAAUGGAAAUAAUUUUUGAUGGUGUUAAGUUAACAAGGAGAGAAAUAGAAGAAAUGAAUUAUAAAAAAGAGGUUUUACGUCUAGCAAAGCAAAGAGCAAAUAUAGACGAGGCAUAUGAUGGUUAUGUCAUGCCGGAGGAUUAUAUUACAGAAAAAGGGAAAAUUGAUAAGAAAAAAAAAGAAGAAGCUUUAUAUAAACGCUAUCAAGAUAAUCAACGUCAAGAAGAAAAAUUCAUUACAGAACAAGAUCAAUGGGAAGAAUAUCAAACAAAUAAAGCUACUGCAAAAGUAGGAACUCUAAAUAAAAUAGAAUCUGUGGAAGAAUUUGAAUAUGUUUUUGAUGAUAGUCAGAAAAUAGAUUUUGUUUUAAGAAACACACUUGAUGGAGCCUUUACAAGCAAAGAACAGAGAAUGAUGGAAGAGAGGAUUAGAGAGGCUGAAGAAAAAGCAAAUUCUAUUCAAGAAACAAGAAAAAACUUGCCUAUAUAUGCUUUUAAAGAAGAACUUUUAAGUGCUAUUUCCAAUUACCAGGUUCUUAUUAUUGUCGGCGAAACAGGAUCAGGUAAAACAACUCAGAUUCCACAGUACCUUCACGAAGCUGGAUAUACUAAAAAUAAUCAAAAAAUUGGAUGUACUCAACCACGUAGGGUAGCAGCAAUGUCAGUAGCAACUCGUGUAGCGGAAGAAAUGGGAGUAAAAACAGGGAAUGAAGUAGGAUAUUCUAUAAGAUUUGAAGAUUGUACAAGCGAUAAAACUGUUAUAAAAUACAUGACAGAUGGAAUGCUUUUACGAGAAUUUCUUACAACACCGGAUCUUAGUGAUUAUUCAGCAUUAAUGAUUGACGAGGCUCAUGAGCGAACUUUACAUACUGAUAUAUUAUUUGGUCUAGUAAAAGAUAUAGCACGCUUUAGGCCCGAGUUAAAGCUUCUUAUAUCAUCUGCUACAAUGGAUGCUCAAAAAUUUGCAGCAUAUUUUGAUGACGCUCCGAUUUUUAAUAUUCCUGGGCGUCGGUACCCUGUUGAUUUACACUAUACACAACACCCAGAGGCAAAUUAUCUUCAUGCUGCUAUAACGACUAUUUUUCAAAUCCACACUACACAAGGAAAAGGUGACAUAUUAGUUUUUCUUACAGGUCAAGAAGAAAUAGAAGCAGCAGCUGAAAAUCUUCAAGAAACAUGUCGCAAGCUUGGUAACAAGAUCAAAGAAAUGGUUAUUGCACCUAUUUACGCAAAUUUACCAUCAGAAUUGCAAUCUAAAAUUUUUGAACCUACUCCAGAAGGCGCUCGAAAAGUUGUUUUAGCUACAAACAUUGCAGAAACAUCUAUUACUAUAGACGGAAUUGUUUAUGUCAUAGAUCCUGGUUUUGUUAAGGAAAAUAUCUAUAAUCCUCGAACGGGUAUGGAAUCAUUAGUUGUUACACCAUGUUCUCGUGCAUCUGCAAACCAGCGCAGUGGACGUGCAGGACGAGUAGGUCCUGGCAAAUGUUUUAGAUUAUACACAUGGUGGGCAUAUCAUAAUGAAUUAGACGAAAAUACUACUCCAGAAAUUCAACGGGUCAAUUUAGGAAACGUAGUUCUUUUGUUAAAGUCUCUUGGUAUUAAUGAUCUUAUUGGGUUUGAUUUUAUGGAUCCUCCUCCUGUUAAAACAUUGAGCCGUGCACUAGAACAGCUUUAUGCACUUGGUGCACUAAAUGACAAAGGAGAACUUACAAAAGUUGGGCGUCAAAUGGCAGAAUUUCCAACAAAUCCAAUGCUAGCAAAAGCAAUUUUAUCUAGUAACAAAUAUGGUUGUGUUGAAGAAGUUCUUUCUAUAGUUAGUAUGCUAGGAGAAAGCUCUUCAAUAUUUUAUCGUCCUAAAGACAAAAAAUUCCAUGCAGAUAAAGCUAGACAAAAUUUUACAAGACCUGGUGGUGAUCAUUUGACAUUAUUAAAUAUUUGGAACGAGUGGGUUGAUACAAAUUUUUCAUAUCAAUGGGCAAGGGAAAAUUUCCUUCAGCAUAAAUCUCUCACACGUGUUAGGGAUGUUAGGGACCAAUUGGUCCGUUUAUGUGAGCGUGUUGAAAUUGUUACUGGUACAACAUCAUCGGAUAUUAUAGCUAUUCAAAAGUCUAUUACUGCAGGAUUUUUCUAUAAUGUUGCAAGAUUGCAAAAAUCUAGCGAUUCAUAUAGAACAAUAAAAUCAGGACAAACUGUUUAUAUACAUCCCAAUAGUGUCCUGUUUGGUGUUAAUCCAAAAUGGAUCUUAUAUUAUGAAUUAGUUUUAACUAGUAAAGAAUAUUGUCGUCAAGUAAUGGAAAUCAAACCAGAGUGGCUUAUCGAAGUUUCCCCACAUUAUUAUAAACAUAAGGAUCUUGAAGAAUUAAAUAAUCCAAAAAUAGGAAUAGCAAAAAAACAGAAUACAAAAACAUAAUAUUUUUUAUUAAUCAUAACAAAAUACAUUUUAUUAUAUAAC